AGAGAGAAGAUGAGAUCUGCAUUGAUAACACUGCUGUGCCUGGCUGUAAUGCUGCUUGUGCAAGAGUCCUAUCAAGUAAGCAGCUCGUCUAAUUGCCCUUGUCUCAAGUUAUCUGAUGGUGUCCUCCGCAAGGCAAAUAUCAAAAGUUACAUAAGACAGAGAGCAGGCGUUUGCCACAUUGAUGCCAUUGUAUUUACAACAGUCAGAGGAAUAACCUUUUGCGCCGACCCAAAACUGACUUGGGUGAUCGAUGCCAUGAAAUUUCUGGACAAGAAGAAGGCAGCAUCAGAACCUAAAACAACAACACAGCCCAUAAACUCAACAUUUAAUGCGACAUCUAUGCCAAACACAACAGCAAACUUGAACACAACAAAUACAACAUCGGAUUUAAACACAACUAAUACAAAUACAACAUCACACUUGAACACAACAAAUACAAAUACAAAAGCACAAACCAAGCGCCUUUUUACAACUAUUCAGCCAUGUUGAUUUUAUUAUAUUUGCAUAUAUUUAA